AUGGCUCAAGCUGAAAGAGUCGGUGUUUCUGGUCCAGCGUCGGAUUCACAUGUACUGACCGGUACUGUCCAGGAGUCUUUGAACGGCCCUUCCAUCGACGCCAUGCUACGUGGCUUGACCGAGAGACCAAACGUCCAGUCUACCCUCAUUCUAUCCCGCAAAGAUGGCUCUAUUAUAAGAGCGACCGGCACUGGCCUGCCGGAACAGAGAGGUGAUCCGGAAUCCGCAGUCUACCAGUGGUCGCAGGUUCCUGGGUCGACGGGUGGUCUAGAAGGAUCAGAGCGAGGAGGAGCGUCGAUAGCAGAGAAGUCAGAGGAGUCUGCAGAGGCCCAGCAGAGUGCAAGACCGGUCGAGAUUCUCGCCUCGUCUAUUUUCCAGUUCGUGAACAACGCCAAUGUGCUUGGAGAGACUCUAGGGGUCACAUCGCGGGGAGCGCCUCGUCCCAACGGAGCAUUCACGGCAGGUGCCUAUGGAGAUGACACGGACUCUACAAACAAGGAUAGGAGCUACGAUGAAGAUGCGGAAAGUGGUCCCAGCGAGGACGAAGUCCAGCUACUUAGGCUACGAACGAAACACCAGGAAAUCAUCAUCUUUCCCGAUCCGAAUUACAUCUGUUGCGUUGUCCAGAAAGUGAGCAAGGCUGGCAAUGCGCCCAAUCGCAGAUGA